CUAUUGCCUUGUUCUCUUUUUGCUCAGAUGACUGUUGUGAUCCUCAAAUGAGCCCCCCGCCGGCUCCCUCCGCCCGAAAAUGGCCUACUUCUUACCUUCCUUCUUCCAGAAACGAUUGCUCCGUUAUGCCUUAUCUCGCCUGGAGCUAGUCGAUACUGAGGCUCUGGACUUGGAUAGUCUAGGGAUUCGAUGGGGACAACGCAGUACCGUCGAACUGCGGGAUAUCGGCUUGAGGCUUGAUAAACUAGCUGCACUACUACAUCUUCCUGCCUCAAGCAAGCUCCUAAGCGCCCGUGUCCAAUACCUGAAGAUCACCGUCCCCGCGGACAUCUACAGUAGCGGUAUAAUAUGUCAAGCCAGCGGCAUCAAUGUACAUCUGAGACUACUCUCGCAGGAAGCAUGUCCUUCUGGGCAAGGGGACAGGGCCCCUGACUCACCCCACAUCUCCAGCCCGGACGCAUUCAUUCCCAACCCUGCCGAUCUCGCACAGUCGUUCCUCGAAGCUGAACCCAAGGAGGAAAAGGAUGAAUUACAAGCGGCCAUCUCCUCUAGGUCCCAGGUUCUGCAUCGUACAUCGGCAUCUAUCAGCGAUGAUGAAGAGGAACUGGGUCUCGGCAACGAGACUGUAUCCUUGCCCAGCUUUGUUGCCGCAUUUCUUAAAGGUGUCGUAGAUCGCCUGCAGGUUCAGGUGGAUGACAUAUCCGUGCGAGUCGAUGUGGAGAUGAAGCAAGAUGGGUCUAUCAAGAGGCAGCCAGAGGAUAGGCCCGAUCUGAUUACUGCAUUGCUGAGAGUUGGUCAAGUGAAGGUGGACGCCGUCUCUGCGCCUCCUGUCACAGAUGGAGAUCGAUCGCCUAAAGGGAGACGUUCAGUUUCGCUCUCUGACAUUAGUGUUGCGUUGGUAUCAGAGCCAGUUGUCUUCGCCAACUACUCACGGUUCGCCGCCCCUGCCUCCCCCUCGAACCUUGUCCAGAAGACAAGUCAACCCCCGAGCCGAGUCUCUUCCCCUGCCCCUGGGCCCUCCUCGGGGAGCUCCACUCUCGAAAUGACCAGAUCAACUAUACUUGAGCCAUCAACUGGGCUUGUAGACUCUCGACGGCUUGACAGAAGUGCGCCCGAAUUGGAAGGAUCCGUGUACACCUAUGAUGGGAGGUUUUCAGAUGCCGACACGGAAGAGGGAGAGGCCCGGAGCUAUGGUUACUUGGAGGAAUCGCAAGACUUCGCUGAUGAUGACAAGCUGCUGGACAACCCUGCCUACCUUGAUUCUGUUAUCAACUCUCAGAUUCAAGACGACGAAUUAGAGGCACUGGAAAACCUGCCAAUAGGAACUAGUCACUUGGCUGCAAGCAGUGGGCUUGUUCCGCGCCCGCUACAAUUACCCACACCUGGGACAACAGAACCAGCUCACGACACACCAAGUGCCAUGAUUCUUGCACCGAGGCCACAAAUGCCAGGAGUACAUGGGCUUGCGCGUUCUUCCGAUUCUAGUGCGCCUCAAACCCGAUCCACGCUACCUGCCCUCAUCACGGAACAUGAUCAAAAUCCUGAGCCAUUCCCACAAUUUCAGUCAUCACUACCUACAUCCGCGCCAUCUUCGGAGACCGACAGUUCGAGCUCAACAUCUGGGUCUUUCCAUCAAGGCGAUCUCAGUGAGUCUCGGCUCUUCUCCCACGACGAGGCACAAAGCAUGUACAUGAGUGCCAUUAGUCAUGGUUCUACAUCGCGAAGUUUCAUGCCGAACAUGCCCGGUGCUUGGGAUUCCUCUGAAUCUCAGGUCAUGAGGGACUCAGUUGCAAAGAACGCAGUUCCGGGUAGCUCAGAGGGUGGACAUGAGCACGACGACCAUGACGGGACAUCUGUAUCAACACCGAAACUCACACCUCAGUCUAAGCCAGAUUUAUCUCAAUCACAGUCAACUGAGCAACAGCCACCAGACAAUGACUCUCAUUUUGAUCUGAAAGAGAGACCGUCUGUUCAGGUCUCAACUGAAGAACAUAAGUCGGCUGACGUUGCGAGGAAGUUUUUCAGUAUUGAUAGGAUCCAGAUUUCGAUUCCAUCUAUCGAUUCUACCAAGGGAAAUAAUGAGGCCGAAUCCACAAGACCACAUCGACAUGCCCCGUAUGAGGACUUGAAGGAAUCGGCAGUUAACCUGCAGGACUCUCUAGUCGAGGACAGCUUAUUAAACUCGUCGAUGCGAUCUCGCGGUGAUUCGAACACGGCUGUUCCUCCUUUCAAUGAUGCCAAAGAUAUGAAUCAGCAUGAACAUAAAUUGAGAGAUCACAUUGGUUUGGAGAUAUUCUCUGCAGAAAUUCAAUUCGACAUCGCAAUCGGUUGGCUUGUUGUCAAGGUCGGACAAAGAAUCCUUAGUACCUUCGCUGAUCCGGCUGAUGACAUGACACGAGAACAUCGUCCGCCACAGGAAUCAAAGGUGGCGCAAGCCUUUCGAGUCUCCCUUGAUAGCUUCGCGAUCAAAUUCGUCGACCACGUCCCAGGGCAUGCAUAUCCUCCUGAAAAUGACUCGGCGUUCAUCACCCAAAAUCAGGAAGAGAUUCUGCUUCAAGCGGUGAUCUCGGGCUUCAAGGCCAAUUUCGCCGCGAACGACAAUAUUACUACGCUACAUCUGGAUGUGGCCAAGUUUAUAGUGGGCUUCGCGCAGGAGGAACUGAUUUCUUUCAGCGAAGAACUCAAGAUGCGCGAAUCCACUAGGGAUGUCACUUCAUCAAGCCAAGGUGACAUCUCGGUGAAGGUUCGGAUGACUUCGAAAGCGACGACGGCUGAGCUCAUGACGCUUCCCUUACAACUUAAUCUCAACAUCCAGCGCCUGGAAGAGGCCAUAGGGUGGGUAGGCGGUUUGAGCACCAUUCUGGAACUUGGAAGCUCCAUUUCAUCUAGUUCUUCGAGCAAGGGGCCGAGCAAGGACACACCGAAGCGUCCUCGCGGAGUGCACUUUGAAAGUGGCCCUCCCCCGGCGACUGCACAAUCACCUGGAACAGUACCGGUCAAGGUGAAUGCUCGAAUUGGUGGCAUUGCGUUGAACAUCAUCGGGGAAAGUCACUACAUUAAACUCAGGACAACGGCAGUAAAGGUUGUCAGUAGAUCUGAGGGAUUGGGAAUCCAGAUUGACAAGGCGAAACUUAGCGGGCCAUGGCCUCUCGAAUUUAACCGCGAGGCGCCCGCUUCUGUGAGUUUGAAUGAUAUCAGAUUUGAAUUUCUUUUCGCUCCAAAAGAGCGCGACCUGGAUCGGCUUCUCGCGUUGAUCACGCCUUCGAAAGAUAAAUACGAUGAAGAUGACGAUAUCAUGUUGGACACGCUAUUCCGCCAGCGUAACCAGGGAUCUGUCCUUCGUGUCACAGUUGGCCGGACGCAGACUGUCGUAUCUCGGACCGCUGAUUUGGAAUCUCUUAUGCAGCUUGCGGACGAGAUAAGUCGACUGUCGAAUGUCGCCAAAUACUUGCCUGAAGACGAUAGACCCGGAGUUCUGACUCUGAUCUUACUGCGUGAGUUUGAGGUUCAAACAUACCUUGGUGGAAAGGUAGGCGUCAUUCGAGCUAGGCUCCAGGAUGCCGAAGCAGCAUAUAUCAGUCUUCCGUCCCUUGUGGCUGCUCAAAUCGGUCACAUACAAGUUGCGAGGAACGAAGAUGAGGAGCUCGUCGGCGAUGCACUUCCUGGAGCAGAGGGAUACUUCUCAAACGACACAACAAUGCCGGUCCUCAUGGUCCGUUUCAUUGCGGAUGAGAUGGAUCCUACGAUCAAGGUCAAGCUACAUGGCCUCCGUGCAGAAUACUCGCUUCCUUCCGUCAUCGCAUUCCUUGGGCUUGGAGAUGAGCUGACAACUGGCGACGUCGCUGCGAACAUGGCAAACUCAAUCGCCAAUCUUCCUGAGUUUCAGCCAGCACAACUGGAAGCGUCAAAUCAGGCGUCAAGCCAGGACACUCCCACAAAACCCACAAAAUUGACAGUUGAUCUUCGAGAUUGUGUUCUGAGCCUCAAUCCUCGCAGCACUCCUGCGAAAGGUCUCAUUGUCCUCACGAACGCUAAAUUCUCCGGUACCAUGCAUGAUGUUGUCUCCUCAGAGGCCAUUUUGGACCUUCGUAAAGCGUCAAUCUUGGUCAUUGACGAUGUCAAGAACGUGGAUCUCGCAAAUAAUCUGCACCAACGAAACCUGAACUCUCCCCAAAGCGCCCAGAUCCAGACCUUCAUUGACAAGGGCUAUGUUUCCAUUUGCACUGUAUCUUCGGCCACAGCUACUGUGAAGAUUGUGCGCCUGAGUGAAGACGGGGAGAAGUCUCUUGAUGUGGAGCUCAAAGACGACUUGCUCAUCCUGGAAACCUGCGCUGAUUCCACGCAGACUCUUAUCAGUAUCUUGAAUGGGCUGCAGCCGCCCACUCCCCCAAGUGUGGUUACGAAAUAUCGAACCGAGGUUCUUCCAAUCCAAGACAUGCUAGCAUCUUUCACUGGGGACGCCUUUGUGACUGACCAAUUGGAAGAUGCUACUGCCACCGGCCCUGAUUCUUUGGAACAAACACAAGACACAGGGGAAAUAUUGGAUGAUGAAAUUGAAUAUGUGAGCGUGGGCUCCGAACAGAGUGCUCUGCCUGGGGCCGGCUUGGCAACGGGCUCGAGCGAACUGCUUGACAGUUUCCACUCGCAGUAUCAUGUCUCGGCAAGUAUCUCUGAUCUUGACUUUCGUGACGACCACUUCGCGCAGAAGUCUGCUGUUGGGGGCACAGCGCAUAGGUGGGAUUCAACGCAGAAUACAUAUGGUCUCUCAGACGACUCGAAGCUCCAAAGGAGUCCCUUGAGGGUGAGAGUACGUGACGCUCAUGUCAUUUGGAAUCUAUUUGAUGGCUAUGACUGGCAACGAACAAGGGAUACGAUCUCGAAGGCGGUAAAAGAGGUUGAAAGAAAGGCCACCGAGCGCCGUGCCCGCACCGGCAGUCGAGCUUCCCCUAGCUUUGAUGAGGAAGAGGAAUCCGUUAUCGGAGACUGCCUUUUCAACUCAAUUUACAUCGGGGUUCCCGCCAACAAAGAUCCUCGAGAGAUUCGCAAUGAUAUCAAUCGCAACAUCGAUGACCUUGUCAGUGAAACAGGAAGCUAUGCGACCACUACAACUGUCACUGGAGCGACUGUGCGACAAAGUCAAUCGCCUUCGUUACGGGGAAAGAAACUACGGUUGUCUCGAAGCAAGUACCACAAAAUGACCUUUGAGCUGAAAGGGAUUUGCGCAGAUCUAGUCGUGUUUCCGCCUGGCCUGGACGAAACACAAAGCUCCUUGGAUGUUCGGGUGGACGAUGUGGAAAUUUUCGACCAUGUGCCUACCUCGACAUGGAAGAAAUUUGCAACCUAUAUGCAUGAAGCCGGCGAAAAGGAGAGUGGAACGAGUAUGUUGCAUCUGGAGAUUCUGACGGUCCGGCCUGUGCCCGAACUUGCUGCUUCUGAGAUUGUGCUCAAGGCGACCUUACUUCCUCUCCGAUUGCACGUUGACCAGGACGCUUUGGACUUCAUUUGCCGAUUCUUUGAGUUCAGGGAUGACACUGCACCGACGCCGACCGCUCCAAGCGAAGUCCCCUUCCUGCAACGAGCUGAAAUUAAUGCUGUGCCAGUGAAACUAGACUUUAAGCCCAAGCGGGUGGACUAUGCUGGUCUUCGAUCGGGUCGUACUACCGAGUUCAUGAACUUCUUUGUGCUGGACGGAGCAGAUAUGGUGAUGCGGCAUGUCAUCAUUUACGGUGUUUCUGGUUUCGAUAAGUUGGGCCAGACACUCAAUGACAUCUGGAUGCCCGAUAUCAAGAGUAAUCAGCUACCGGGAGUUCUGGCUGGUCUGGCCCCCAUCAGGUCACUGGUCAACGUGGGUGGAGGCGUGAAGGACUUGGUUAUGGUGCCCAUGCGCGAAUACAAGAAGGACGGCCGUAUUGUUCGGAGUAUCCAGAAAGGCGCCUUGGCGUUUGCUAAGACCACCUCUCAUGAACUGAUCAAACUGGGAGCCAAGCUUGCGAUUGGAACUCAAACGGUGUUGCAAGGUGCCGAGGAUCUGUUGUCCAGCCCUAAUGUACCGACCGCGGGCCAAGAAGACGAUUUCGGUGACGAUGAAGAUGCCAAGAAGAUCUCGCUGUAUGCUGACCAACCACUUGGAGUUGCUCAGGGUCUCCGAGGCGGAUUUAGAGGCCUAGAGCGUGAUCUGUUGACGGCACGGGAUGCCAUUGUCGCGGUUCCUGGCGAGGUGCUGGAGAGCGGAAGUGCCAAGGCUGCUGCCAAAGCAGUGUUCAAGCGUGCGCCGACUGUUAUCCUCCGGCCUGCAAUCGGUGUUACCAAGGCUGUGGGACAGACCUUGCUAGGUGCCGGCAACACUCUCGAUCCUAGCAAUCGCCGCAAGAUGGAAGACAAAUACAAACGCCAUUAAAACGACUUUCACGCGACAUUCCGACUAAUUUUAAUUUGAUAUCAUGGAUGCUUGAUACCACGAUUGCACGGCAGCCAGAUUCUCACUAUUCGAGCAUGGCUCUUUUUCCCUCUCCAAUACUCAGGUCAUACCUGGAAGCAGCUGCAACUAGUACAUAUAAUCACAACACGACCACUAGUGGCAGGAUCUUUAUGAGCUGUAGGCAGGUUGUACCCGGAGAUUUAGACGCGGUUGCAAGGAUUUGUCCUCAUAUUCUGGUUUUUCUUUCUCCUCUCUU